AUGUUUGUUGUAGAUGACCGAAAGGGAAUCAAGAGGGGAUCCGAGAAGGAGCUGGGGACGAUGCCAUUGUUAAAUACAAGCGGACCUAAUCCACAGGGCAGGCAGGUGCGGUGCGAGAGCAGCUCAGAUGGGGGAGGCGGAGGAGCAACCGGGGUAAGCGCAGGAAUGAGCCGAGGGAACGUCAAGACAAGCGGCGAGCUCGGCCUCGAACUAGGGGAAUUGUGGGCUGUGGAGUGCGGGCCCCGGGACUACGGCAGCGGACAGCAAUGGAUGAGUCCCAAUGAAUCGGAUGCUGCUUCUUGGCCGUGA